AUGGUAUGUCGUGCAGCCUAUACGUGUACUACUGACUGCCUACUGGCAGUUUAUAGAUAUUACGCGGUUACUCCGUUGUGACUGAUGGACCUCGGACCAACUAUUCAUAUCAAACCCAAGUCUGAGCCUUUAAGCCUCAAAUAAACUGAUUUACUUCAAAUAAGCGACUAAUUUCUGAGGAAAUAAGAAACCUGCAAUUUUAAUACUGAAGUAUCUACCAGAGAGUUCACGGGGAACGCCGGGAGACCCACUGAUGAGCCGAAGCCCUCUCAGCUGCGUCACGCAGAGAACAAAUAUUGACGAAACACGCGGUCUGGGUUUUUAGCUAGUACCUGUGCUGUUAAGAAGGCUAUAUCGUGCACCCUAUGUUUUGACGACUGUCCUUGAAUUUCGACAUCAUCUUCCAAAAUCUAUGCUUUAUCAUCGUACCCAACUGUUCUGCGCAAAUUCCCACCCAUGUUUGAAGUUUAACGUUCAACAAGAAUAAGAUGAAAAUGCUAACUCCUUUGGUCAAUCUUCAUAUCAGACAAUUUUUCCCUACCACUACAUGUUUACUCCGGCUCCUGUGUUGUGAAAAGACUUUAAAUGCAGUCCUCAUUGAAACCAACUGAUGUCUUCUGUAUGACCCAGGCAGGUGUCUAUCUUGUUCAAAAUUUAUAUAGGGGAUCCUGAGAGCUUAAGACGGAACUGUAGGUACACGUGCUGAUCUUUCCUAUUGGGGCAACCGAAAUUCCAUGGGCGUUAGCGCACUUGGAAGUAAGCUAACACUGCACUUUAACCCGUCGGACUAGGGGUACGUAUAAAUACUACCUGCGAAGCAAACUUUUCUAUUUCUUGGUUUCUUUCUGUCACGAGACCCUAAAUCGACCAAAAAACCAGUCUAUGAACCUGGCGAGCACGCCCUAGCGCAACAAACGUUUUUGAUCACUAUUGCCUGACAAGGUAAAUCAGUGUGUUGAACUUCAACUGAUGCUCCGACUCCAUUAUUAAGAGCGUGAACUGCAGUUUUCUAGUAAACUUUAAAAACGUAUAGUUUUUCUAAGUGAAUACCUCAGCGGAAUCCAAACCUGCGACGGAAAAGUCACGGGUUCAGUGCAGCUGAUGUUCUAACCACCUAAGCUACGAAGCGCUUUCUGAGAAACUCAAGUUUUCCACAUCCUGCGUUGAGUUACCAACCGAACCUACUGCGACGCCUGGAAUCCACAAAUUCUUAUAUAUUCGGCUGACUGUCAGAGCAGGUUUUAGAUGAUAACCUUUCUCUAGCAUAAACUGACAGAAACUCAUGGGAGCACUCAGCAUGCGUUUAAUAGCUUAGCAGUUAGGAGGACUUGGCAAAGCUGAACAUGCGAGCGUUUGCCUACUGCGGAAGCAGUACCUUCUCUCAUUGAAGUUUUAUUAUCGUUGAAGCUUUUUGCCGAGAUAUGGAAGGAGGGCUUAAAGUGGAUUCACGAUAAUUUAUGUUAAAAACCCAUUAAAUGCUGUCCUGUUGUGUUUCCCACCGUUGAACAACUCUCCAAACAUCUGUCCUUCACUAGACUUGCAAGCAUAACUUUAUGAUGCUGGUCGUAAUUGAGUAGAAUAGAUGAGCCCUCAUCACAAUCACCAUACUAAGCCCAAGUCAGUAAAAGAGAAAUUUCCCGGGAAUUGACACGCGCAUUUACUCCUAAGAGGCAAUACAAGGUUUUUUCUCACCUGCGCACUUCCUCCCCAAAAUAACGUCUACCAGGUGUAUGUUUUUUUCAGGAUGUGACUCCACGUUGGCACUUAGGACUACGCAAUUACCCUAAUUACAACGUUUUUUUCUCUAAUUGAAGGACGAUGGAGGUUAGUUUUCUGGGGAUGCAACGGUUUUCCAAUACACAAAGCAAUUUUGCUACAGACCGACGCACACGCCAACAUUCAAGAAACGUACUGCUGCAGGAACCACCCCCCUCCCAGAAAUGGACUCACGUGUGAGAGCGGGCUGCCAACCAAUGCCCCGCAGGCUUUGGUAUCAAAGCUGAUCGCGUGUGCCAGUGGCUGGGUCUUGUAAAUGGUGGAAACACAAAGAAAUUCAAUUAUCAACUAAUUUGGUUCUGCACUACAACACUUUCAAGCGUGACCUUCAGGUCGGUAGGAAAGUUGGGUUAGUCGUUCGCAAUUUUUCUAAAAGGACGGAAGAACCCUAGACAACUUAUUCCGGAGAGAAAUGUACAGGGAAUCGCCCUACAACUCCAGCUAUUCCCGCCAGUCUCAGCGACAGUAUACUCCUUCACAAGGUGUAUCUGCUUUCUCGCGGUAUGAGUGCAAAGUGCAGGCAAGCAGUAUGAACAGAUAUAUGGAGCAGGAAGCCAUCGACCUGAUAAAGAAGGCUUUUGAUCGCUAUGAGGUCGGACCUGAGGCUGCCAAGUAUAUCAAGCAGGAGUUUGACCGAGCCCACUCCACAGCCUGGCAUUGCGCUGUAGGCAAACACUUUGCUGGGUUAGUCUGCUUCUAUGCACUACUUUUAUACAACAUUUGAUGUCAGUACAGACCUCGUGCACGUGAAGGGCAGAUUACUAUUAGCUGUUGGCACGGAGAUUUGCAAUUUUCUCUUCAGUUUGUGUGAGUAAUUUGGGGUGGAUAAACGCUUUUCUGAGUAACACAUGACUAUUGAACGUUUCCUGAGCCAUUUCGUUGGUUUUGGAAGCUGACCGCCAGAAAUGUUGACAACACGACCGUUGGACAAGACUCCUUUGUAAUAGGUGCCGAAAUACAAAGAUAUAGGCUGCCAUGAUUUGAAAUGCUUCUCUGCCCAGAAAAAAACGAUUCAAAGGUCGAAUCUACUGUCAACAACCCAUUCCACAGUUUGCAUGAAAAGGUCUCAAACCUGCAAUGUACGAAAAAGAUAACCAGUUGACACAGGCCAAGACAUGGUCAUUCUGGAGAGAAAUUUUGUACACGGGUCUGGUAAAUAAUAACUUAAAUUUAAACAGAACGAUAUACAAAACUAUAAGCGACAUACUUUUGGCUACUAAAAAAUAUUACGUGAACUGAAUUAACAGCCGCUUUGGGAGCAUAAUUGAGAACAGGUUUACGUUGGAAACAGAGACUGCAUGAGGUUAAACGCGGAGGCGGAAAUAGUAAGUAAAUAGUUAACAGACGUUGAAAGCCUAAAUUUUUAGCAUAAACGAUCUGUCUGUAUCUAAUUUCUCAUUUUUAAGAUAAUUCUCGCUCAGUUGCCUCAGUAUUUUCUGACUAAUUUUCAUAUUUGUGAUAAAAAAUAUCGCAUACGUACCACGAGGGGAAGAAGCGAGAACGCAAAAUCGGUGAACUCUUGACUUGAACUCAUGACGAACAGGUAUGCUGCUACUGGAGAUUUUCUCACUGCCUGAGUCUUACCUUUCCUUGACAAACGGCCGACAUUUAGAUAGUUUUAAACGCCAAAUUCAGUUUACCACAGUACUUUUUUCAGUUUAGGUAUAUUCUAGGUCAUAUUUAAACCUUUACAGGAGGAAUUUCCGACCUGCAACAGAAGUUGUUUUCUACUCAUGCACAUUUAUCGAAUUUCGAUUUAAUAUUCACAGAUUAAACACGUUUAUUUCUUCCGCAAACGUAGACCAUACGAUCGAUCUUUGAAGUGUUUUUUUCACACACAGUGUCGAGAACAUCUAGAAUACACUGGCAAAGCUCCACAUCAGUCGGGUUCCCUGCCUGCUAGUGGCGAAGACCGCCAGCGUACCUCUUAGAGGUUGUUAGCGACAACAAGAGUUGCACUUAGAACAUGGGAUAAAUAUUCGCCUCUGCUGCUGUCUGUAGCGAAAUAACGUCCAUCCCGCAGACUAUGAUUGCACUGCUAACUCAUGAGCAAGGUAGUAAACGGCUAGCAUACAGCAACAAUAGCACCGACUGGUUGACAAUGCCGGUGAAUAGGACCACGUUUGAUAAUGUCAAUCUCCACAUAAUUUAGGAGGACAGUGUGCGCAAUUUCAUUUCUUGCGGAGGGUAGCCCCCUACAUCCGGCAAGCUCAUAACUUUAAGAUCCAGAAGAGUUUGAUUAACAAACAAUGUUUUGAUAUUUGUUAACGUCAUCAAUAGCAGUGCUAUGUGAUUGUCCACAGGGGCUCCAGACUAAAAAAUCGAUGUUCUAGAGCAACGCACUGGAACUGACGGUAAAAACUGUCGUUAUUCCCAAGGCCUGUGGUGACAUAAAGGUUGCGAAUGAACGUACUUGCAUGUGCUACCUGUUUGGUUUUCUUUAAGUUUUGUAUUAAGCUUGUUCCCUGUGCCUCAUAUUCCCUUACUCAUAAUGACUGUUUCUAUGCAAUACACAAUUUAAGAUCCAUGGAUCAUGAGCGCGUGACACUGUCAGAGCACCUAUUUUUAUGCAAUUAUUCGUUAUAUGGACGUAGUCUAAUACAUUUCAUUUAAUUUAUGAGGAGUUUACAGUCGUUUUUUAUGGUCCAUUCACAAUGCCAUCCAGCCUGACUGAACUCAUUUUUGUAAGAUUGCGUCAUUGAGGGUGUCUGUGGUGUAAGCAAUGCAUUUUCCAUCGCAAUAUAACAAGGAGUGGGCUAAAUUUACCAAUUUUCUUCUUCGUUGGCCUGUUGUCAUCUUCCGAGGGAAUGCGCACUACCUGAUAACUUAUUGGCUUACAGUAGGCUUCAUCAGUGGUUUACCAAUGUGGAUGGGCAAAUACUUGGAGAAAAAUGGGGGACCGCCACCUUAUAUGUGCUGAAAGUGUUUAACAAUACAUCGGAUAUCUGAUGUAGUCCGCAUUUUCUGCUACCAAGUGGCCUUAUGAAGACAACCUAUGGUACAAGGAACUCACUCAGCAUAAAAACACCCUCUGCACAACGCAUUUUUAAACUACUGACCCUAUAAAUCCGAACCGGACUCCAUGUCUCAGUUAUGACAGUCGCACCGACCAUUUGGGCAAAUUAAUCGAAGUCGGAAGAAGGGAAUAUCGAUCAACCUGUGUGAUUCACGUGAAUGAAAUAACUCGCAUUUCGAUCAGCCGACGAGAAUUUGAGGGACUGGCAAUUCGACACCAUUUUGCAACAAAAGAUUUUUUAAUCUAUACGAGGUCCCAUAAUAAAAUGCAUUAUUCAUUAUUUCUGAAAAUAUCGCGCAAGUUGCACUGCAUGAUUGGCUAGUAAUGAAGGGCGAAUCUUUCCUUUCGAUUUUGAUCUACUUACACAGAAAACUCCAAAAAAAGACAGCAAUCUCAUUAGCCCGUAUUAACUGACUAAGGAAGUAGACUUAGAAGACCAAUUAAGUAAUUGCAUGUCUUAUUUGGUUAUGCCUGGUUUGAUUGUUAGAAAAAACGGCAUGUCUGGGAUUUUGCAGUCUGUAUUAACGUUGUCGGUACAGCUUCGUUUUUUCCACUUACAGGAAAACAGGGUUUUAAUUUGAUACUAUUUAAAAUUUCAGGGAAACAUCCUCCAUAAUAGUCAUGAGUAAUUUUUGAAAAAAAUUAAAAAGGACAGUCAAGGUUUUUGAGGUAAGAGCACGAAAGGCCUAAUGGGAAGUGUUCGCUGAAGCUUGCAGAUCUCAAGUUAUUUUGACAGCUAAAUGCUCGCAUCCAAGGGAAAGGGACAUUGCCACGUCCUUAAUCUAUAGAGCAAACCCGAUGGGUCUAAGAUGAUGUUGAUCAAUACACUUUGCUGUUGAUGGACCAGGACGAUUCCCAAGUCUCUCUGAAUAAAGUAUUCGAUCAGCGAACAUGGCAGUCGUUAAAAGUGGUGUCGAGCGAUAGUAUCCGCUAAGAAGGUAACACGAGAGCUGACCGUAAAAAUAACAAGGAAAAGGUACGUUUGAGUACCUUAAAGCCUGUGUGUAAACCAGAAAGUAACAAUUCGUGGAUGCGGGCGAGAAGAGCAAGUGCAAAUAUCACGAAUCGCAGGCUAAAUGUUCGACUGUCAGAUACUAAUUUGACUCAUCUUCAAUGAGAAAUGUCCCACUGAUAUAAGGAGAAGAAAAGGGCCAGUUUGUUUUUCGUCACACACGUUUCCUCUUUCAUUUACUGUUUUUACUUCUCUGAAUCAUUAAGCAAAUGGAAUCGGAGUUACGGAUUUUCCAGUCAACCCCCAGUUUAACUUCACGCUUUUUCGAAUUUUGCAUUUGCUGUCAUUUUUUAGAGUCGUGCACUAAAAGUCCAGCCGUAAACACAUAUACUUUUUCUCUUCUGUUAGUUUUGUCACUUCCGAAUUGGGCACCUACGUGCACCUUCACUAUGGACCGGUCGCCGUGCUUCUCUGGAAGUGUGGUAAUUCUGGCAUAAAUUCUUAA